GUCAGGAAGCAGAGGCAGCUUCGCCCACUGAGCAGCCCCGGCCUUUGUGGCCAGAAGUCCAGACUCCGUCGCAGACUCACCCUCCCGGCUCUCCCUAGUUACCGCGCAGCGUGCGACGACGCCCCUGCGCGCUGGGAGAUAGUAACUGACCCCACUGAAGCCCCCAGCAGUGCUCCAGCCAGAACGGAGGCACUUGCAGGGCCAAGGCUUCAGAGACCUCAGGGACUUGUUUCAAUACUCACAGAAACCUCCUACACCCUGGUGAUGGCACAUAGGGACUGUUUUCUUGCUCUAAGUCUGAAUGACUUCCAUGAAGGAAGACAAAGGUAGAACAGUUGGAUCUCUGGCUCUCCCCAUAGCUUCUAAUCUCAGACUUUAUUAAACUCCUUUCUGAGCCCAAGGACAAAGCUCACUUGAACAAAUGAUUUGAGUCAUGAAUGAAAAAUCUUGCUCUUUCCAUAAUGAGAAAGAAUUAAGAGAUGGACAGGUUGAAAAUGGGUCUGCUGGGUCCCCUCCACCAUGUGACAAGGACAGCAGUGCUCUGGCUUUCAGAGGAAUUCCUAUCUCAGCACUGAAGAGCUACAGCGUCCUCCGGGCCCUGACGACGGAAGCUAAUGGAUGGGCGCCAGCAGUUGUGAGCACAGAGGUGCUCAGAGCCCAAGAAGAAUGGGAAGCCGUGGACAACAUCCAGCCAGAGACAGGGAGCCAGGCCAGCUCAGACCAGCCUGGGCAGCUAAUCUCCUUCAGUGAAGCCCUGCAGCAUUUCCAGACUGCGGACCUCUCCUCCUUCAAGAAAAGAAUCCAGCCAACAAUUCGCAGGACCGGGCUGGCUGCCCUCCGGCACUGCCUCUUCGGGCCUCCAAAGCUCCACCAGGGCCUCCGUGAAGAAAGGGACUUGGUCCUGACCAUUGCUCAGUGUGGCCUGGAUAGCCGAGACCCAGUGCAUGGCCGAGUCCUCCAGACCAUCUACAGGAAGCUGACUGGCUCCAAGUUUGACUGUGCUCUGCAUGGAGAUCACUGGGAAGAUCUGGGCUUUCAGGGAGCGAAUCCAGCCACAGACCUAAGAGGAGCAGGCUUCCUUGCCCUCCUGCAUCUGCUGUACCUGGUGAUGGACUCGAAAACCUUGCUGAUGGCCCAGGAGAUUCUCCGCCUGUCUCGUCACCACAUCCAGCAAUUCCCGUUCUGUUUGAUGUCCGUGAAUAUCACCCGCAUCGCAAUCCAGGCCUUAAGGGAGGACUGUCUGUCCAGGGAGUGCAAUCGGCAGCAGAAGGUGAUCCCAGUGGUCAACAGCUUCUAUGCGGCCACUUUCCUCCACCUCGCGUACAUCUGGAAGACUCAGCAGAAGACCAUCUCAGACUCAGGCUUUGUCCUAAAAGACUUGGAGGUGCUGGCCAAGAAGAGCCCAAGGCGGCUGCUCAAGACCCUGGAGAGCUACUUGGCCGGAGUGUCAAAGGGACAGGCCUCCUUGUUGGGAGCACAGAAGUGCUGUGGGCCACAAGCCCACGCCAAGGAGCUCACUUUCACAGGCGUGUGUGACCUGCUUCCACACUCAUCUGAAGGCACAUGGCUGAUCUGACCACCCAGGCGCUGACCAACAGAAAGACUUAAACCUGCUGGGCUGCAGGGGCGUUCAGAGGGCGCACGGCCGGCCAUGUCAGCAUCACCGUGGCCGAGCCCAGCCCCUUCCAUCUCAGCAGAAGGGACGGAGGAAGCGCCUGGGCCUGCUCGGGGAAGCCUCGUCCUCAUGCGACAUCAGAUGCACUUAGACUUGACCCCCUCCCCACAGACCGGCCUCCAGAACGAGGCCUUUGCUGUAAGCCUGGUGGGUUCCAGGUCACCUCAGGGGUGAGUGGAUCGUCAGCUGGGAGGAGCCCCGUCUGGAAGUCCCAUGUGUCCCCACAUGGAAGGACAUUCCCAAGUAGAGGUACCCGAGUUCUGACUCCUGGGCAGCAGGCCUUUCAGGCCCCUGGUGGCCACAGGGCGGACCAGACAGGGAAAUGUACUAGUUAGAAUGUGAAGGGAGAAUGUGGCAGCGUCAGCAGCCCCGGGGGUUGGGGACAGCAUGAACCAGAGCAAGCUGCCUGGGCUGCGGCUGGGCCUGCCUUACUCUGCUCCCCCCACCAGGCCAGUAUCAGGGCCCUCCGGGGUUCCUGGCCUUGCACGUACCUCCCUCUCCUCUCCCCAUCCCUCCUCUCUGCUGUUUAAGAUGCAGAACAGGGCCUUGGGGCCUUAGGGUCUCCAUUGCUGCCCAUCCCACCUGCCCACCAGCUUUGCUUCCCCUGUGGAGGAUGUGCAGUUCCCAUCAGGGAUGGUUUUCCAGCCUGGCUGAGGGAAGGAGGACAUUCAUACACCAGCAGUUUUUGAAUAAAAGAAUUGUUCUGGGUUAA